AUGGCUGCCCUCACGCGCUAUGCGCUGCUGAAGCCCGCCACGCUGGAGACAGUCGGGAAGGCCGUGUCUGGCCCUCAACAGGGACAGCUGGAUAUGAGAGCGGUUACGGAGGGGGAAGCGCUUAGUGGCAUUGGAACUUACGUCGGUAGCGCUGUUUCUGUAGCAAGAGUUUGGGACUACGGCAUUGCGGUGGGUUACAAUUGGAAGUCGGCGGACCGCAAGGGCACCCUCCAAGUUACGUUCAAUAACGAAACACUGGAGCUGGAGUACCGGGAGGGCGAGAUUCAAGACCUGGCAUUGGAGACUUAUGCUCUGAGGCCGUGUUGGUUGCGAAGUGUGAUGGAAACCAUGCCCGGGGAGAUGCGUGCGCUUCAUGACACGGUGCAAGAUCACUUCAACGGGAUUGGCCAAGCUGCUCGUCGCAGUUCGGCUACGGUGCUGAAAAAGGCAAGCGGUUGUGCAUGA